CGGUGCACGAGCUUUCGCUACAUAACCUGUAGCCUGCAAAAAGUCAAACGUACGUGCAAUUGAUAGGAUUACACGAGAAUUCCUGCGCGCAAAAGACAAUUUUAAAAACAGUCCAUGCGUUGGCAUAAAUGUCUCAGUAAAGCUCUGAGGGAACUGCAAUGCUCGCCUAUGCCAUCACCAACACCGGCAGCGGGGAGCGCUCGCGGCGAACUCAUGAAAGGUUUUGCUCCUCCUCUCCAAGACUUCAGAAGUAUUACGCUAGCUCGUCCCGACUCGGGCCAUUCAGAAAAUACCAAGUCACUCCCGGCCGCGUCAGAGCAGGCUACGGAUCUCUUCAGCAUAUUGUCGUGCUCUUGGUCUCCAGAUUGCGCGCGUCUCGAAGCUUUGUGAGGAGCGCGAGGAGCGACCUUUCUAGUAGACAUUUCCUUCGCUCUCUCAGAUUUUACGGGACCCCACAGGGUCGCAUUCAAUUUGCGCCACAUAUCGCUGCUUGUCUAGGAGAUCAGUGAGACAAUGAUGGAGCUGAGUUCAUCUGUGUGGCGAAUUCUCCUGCUCCCCCUGCUGGUGCUCCCUGGGCACUGCCACAGCUCAUGUCCUCAGGAUUGCUCCUGCAAAAGCGAGAACUUCAUCUUCUGCAUCCAUCGGCGUUCCUCCUCCAUGCCCCUCGACGUGCCUGCCUCCACAGUCCAUCUCUAUGUAUUCCAGAAUGGCAUCAGCUCCAUUAAGCAGCAGGACUUUCUUGGUCUGGACAAGCUGGACCUGCUGGAUCUCAGCCAGAACAAUCUGGCAGAGAUUCCUGAUGGGGUUUUCAGUUCCCUUAUAUCCAUGCGCAACCUGGACCUCUCCUUGAACUCCAUUACCCACAUUACCAAGGACAGCUUUGCCGGGCUGGUGAAGCUGGAGAGAUUGUACCUCCACAGGAACCAUAUCCAGAACAUCCAUGUGGAUGCAUUUAGGGAUCUGGAGCACCUGCUGGAGCUGAAGCUGCAGGGUAAUCAGAUCAAUGUGCUUCCUGCUUUGCAGCUUCCCAGGUUGCUCCUGUUGGACCUAAGCUUCAACAUCAUCCCAGCACCUAGGCCUUCUGACCUGCAGACACCACACCUGGAGUCUCUGAAGAUGGCUGGGAUGGGACUUACCACUUUGGACGAAGGAUUGAUAGGAAGCCUGGGAAACCUCCAUGAGCUGGAUGUGUCCCAGAACCAGCUGGCAGGGAUGCCACCUGCUCUGAAAUCGGCAAAGGGGCUGAUCCGCCUUAACUUGGCCUCUAACCCUCUUGGCCCGCUCAGACAAGAAGACUUCCAGAACUUGGUGGGGCUGCUGAAACUGGACCUGAGUAACCUGAACCUACACGGCUUCCCUGUGGGCUUCUUCCACAUGUUCCCCAAGCUGCAGCACCUCACAGCUGCCAAAAACCCCUUCAACUGUCUUUGUCCACUGGCCUGGUUCCCCAGCUGGCUAAAAGAGAAGAAAGUGGAACUUAAUCAGAAGGAAGAUACACGCUGUCACUUCCCUCCUGCUAAUGCUGGCCGGAUGCUCGCAGAGCUGGAGCAUAAGGACUUUGGCUGUCCCACCACCACUGACCUAUCCAACAUUUUCACCACCAGUAGCGAGCAUGACACUCCAAAUCCCACCACUGCAUUGGGCACCACGCAGCUCCUCCCUGCUCUCUCCCCCAGCGAUCCGGAUCGGGAGCCGGAUGACGUGAAUCAGUAUCUCCCACCCGAGGUCCCUGCCUCUCCAGGCAGUGUUGAGAAAUAUGAGGAGCUCCUGUGUCCCUCAAACAUCUGCCUGAAUGGGGGCAAAUGCAGGUUUGACCAUUGGGGGCAGGUGGACUGCUUAUGCCCUCCAACAACAUUUGGAACAUACUGCGAGAACGAGAACGAGGUCCAGCCUCCUCCGUUGUCUCCGAGGGUCUCUGUGGUGACGGUCGCUACAGCAGAACCAGACAACAUCAGCUCCCAUCACGUCACCAGCACCUCCAUCUCUCUGGAUCUCCACCGUUACAUUGAGUCUCGUCCAUACAUCCGCGGCAUCCGCCUGACUUAUCGGAACCUGUCAGGGCCCGACCGCAGACCCCUCCAUCUCAAUGUCCCUGCUUCCUACCCAGAGUACACACUGAGAGGGCUCCAGCCCAACUGCACGUACUUCGUAUGUGCCAGUCCACUGGGGGAGCCUGUGGAAGAUGCCGGGAGCUCCUGCAUGGAAGCUCGCACUGCUGAAAUCUUCACCCCUCCUCAUGAACCCAGAAUGAAUAAGAGUGAACCUUCCUCUACUGCUCUCGUACCAGUGUUGGUGGCUGUGGCAGUGGUGAUGGCAGUGGCCAUAGUGGCGGCAGUGGUGGUGGUUUUGCAAAGGAGAAGGGCCAAAUCUCCUGUGGAUAUGGAUCUAGGCGAGCCAGCUCCUUUUGAGCUAGAAGGAGUGAAAACAUUCCUGGAGAAUGGGACAGGGCCUCAGAAACAGUCGGAGAUCAUGCCCUGCCCAACAGUGUGCCAGAACAGCAGGGAUUACGCUGUCCCACUUAUCCAAGAACAGUUUGCAGUCAACAGCACAGAUGGCAGAACACCACCAAUUUUUUAAAUGCAAAAAUGUGCUGCUCAGGCCUCCGGACCCUCCAUUACCCCUGCUGGCAGGUGAAGCAUUUUCAUUGGGCAAAUGAGCAGAUUGCAAUUACCUUAGUGUUAAUUUUGUCAAAGUCAAGUGCAAUUGCCAACUAAGGUAUUCACCGUUGCUGAAUCAAAAGUGCCUUUUCCCGUGUAUAAAGAAAAGUCAGGCUUCAACUGCAUUGCUCUCUAAUGAAACUAGAAAGUACACGUAAUGGAGUGGUAUGUUUCUGAAGAGCAGCACACAGUGUUUCGCUGAAAUACCUGCAUUUACAGGUGCUGGUACUGAGAUAAUGGGGAGAGCUGGGCAAACAAAAGUAGGGUGGGAAUUCGGAACACUUCUAACAUAUCUACCUUAAGACUUAAGGCUUUCUUCUCUGUGCAUAUUUUCAAUUUGUGCAAGCUCCCCAUUUGUUGCUCAUCCUUUGCUGAGAUAUUGGUGAUAUCAUGGUCCAGAACUGAGGACAAAUAUCAAUGCAGUUAUAUCAGUUUAAGAGGAGACCACAUUCAGUACUUGCUGACACAGAAGAAUGGGAUUGACUGGUUUUCUAAAAAGGACUUAGGGGUACCUGUUCCCCUAGAAACACAUGCACUGACAUGAGGUGGGAGUCUGUGAGGGUUUAUGUUCCUUUGAGAAACCAUGCACUAAUUUGAGCAUUUAAACUCUUUAAAAGGCCUCAAACAGAGAACAUCGGUGAUCGGAUUUUCAGUUACCUUUCCUUUGUACUGCAGCUUCAGAGCUACCUGCCAUCCUCUCCUUCUACAGGCCUUUUAUAGAUUUGAUGUGAAAGAUUGUAACAUGAUGAAGAGACAGUUUACUCUUUUUUGUACUUUGUGCUCUUUAUGUGAAGGUUUGCUUAUUCGAGCUGACAUUUUUUAUAUCCUGAAACCUCUGACGUCAUUACAAGUGCCAUCUUUGUGUGUUUUGCUUUGUAAUUGUAAGACAAUUAGUAAUUAGCAAACAUUUUUUUAAACAUCUAAGAAAGGCUCAUUCACAGUCUUCUGUCCAGGAUGUUGUUCACUCUGGCAGCAUUUUAUUCUAUUACAGUGUAACAGAUACUGAAACACUUCAUUUACAUUCUCACAUUACCAGUUAACUGUUUUCUGGUGACAGCUGAAUGUUCAAUUUCCCACAGUGCUUUUUUUCAUAAAACAAUGGUCUAAAAAGUGAAUUUAACACCUUGGUUUCAUGUUUAUCCCAGUACAGCUCUAUGGGGAGAACUAGUCUAUCAGUUCAACCAGUAUAACCAAGCAAAUACUCCAAAUACCCAGAACAGAUCCAUACCUCAAAAACCUUAGUUCACCACAGACAUAGUUCUGGGCAGUACUAACUCAAACUAAAGUCUGCUUUUGAAGCUCUUAUCUUUUAAAAGUGCUUUUUAGACAUUGUACACUCAUACAUUGCACAGACUAAGAACAUAUAGGAAAGUUAAAGUGAACUCCAAAAUGAGGGUAGCGAUUUCUUGCCUUCUGACUGAGCAUGUUGUAGGAUGUUAGUCCCAAGAGUUUGCUAACUGUGUCCGUGGCAUCUGCUGACAGAAGCUAUGGAAAAGGUUCAAAGCCAAGUGAACUUUGUGUUUAUGUGUAGUCUGCCUGGAACUGAGAAUUACGAUCAUGUUGUAACACUAAAGAAAGCAAAGCUUCUUUGCUGUUUGUUUUGUAGUUCAAAUGCAGCAUUAAACAACAGAAGAAACCCUGGUGUGGCAGGGAGAUUUUGCAUGAAUGUGCAUGUUUACAAAUGUGGAGCAUUUGCCAGUUAUUGCACAAAGGGCUGGUUUUGCAGGCCAAUAUUGAGCCUGGUCUUGGACUAAAUUAUUUUUAAUGACAGUUCCCCACAGACCAUGUCAUUUAGAGUCUCAUACCGCAGGGUCUUUGCCCGUUGCCAUGACUACAUUGUUGUUAUGAAUACCCAGCGACCUAAGGAUAUUUGGCAGUAGUUUGGAAGGUCACUAUAACAGCAGUGGGCAUGGCCUGCAUUGCCAAGAUUUAAUUUUAGGACAUCAAGACAAGCUUUGUGGUGGGAAAGGUGUUCUCAGCACAGGAGUCUGUGGGUUGUAUUGUGAAAAAACUGUUGCUCCACCACUAGGUUUGAUCUGUUCCUGGAAAACCCAGCCUAGAGCGUUGUAGUAGGCUGCAGUAUGAGGCAGUCAGACUAGAUGGAAACAGCAUUUUGGGCUCCUGUGCCACAGGUUAUGGAGUUCCUCAAGCACUACCCAGUGCACACAGAUGGUGCAGCACCAGGCACAUCCAAACAUUUAAACUGGACUGACUGGAUGGCUUCAGACAGUGUGAGGGACUGAAGUAAUUUCAAAUAUACUCAAACCCACUUUCAAGUUCACCGUUUGCUUUAGGAAGUUUAUUUUUCUCUGUAAUGUUUUGUGUAUACAAAAGCAAGUUUAUUUCCUUUUUUUUAAAUGUAAAAACACAUAUUUGUGUUGUAAAAAAAAGUGGUGUCUUUUGAGAAAAUACAAAGGGAUUUAAAAAAAA